UCCUUAACAAUAAUGGCCUGUAUUGUGUUUUUGUAAAGAUCAAAUGUAUUGUCCUGUAUUGGUAAAGACACCCCUAUUAAAACAUUGUCUUGCCUUUGCUGCAGCAAACUGUUUUGGCAGAGAAGACUUAUUAUAACAAUAUUUGUUGAGUCUUUAAAGGUCUUAUACAGUACAUAUGAAUAAAGAGUGCAAUGAUCCCUCUUAGGCUUAUGGUGUGAUUGACUGUGAACCAAAAAAGUUGGUCGUCAUGAAGAAUGAGAAAUUAGCAGCAGGUGCAGUAGUCAAAGCGCUGCCUCAUUCUGCACAGACUUCAACUCUUGACACAUCCCAUGUUUCCCGCUUCCUUUUCCACUGAAAUUCUGUCAAAUCUAAACUUGUCUGAAAGAACUAACAAUGAAACGCACUGUUAAUAUUUUACAUGUAAAAACUACAUAUCCUGGUAGUUUAUUUGUGAUAGUAGGGAAACUGUCAACAAGCAGUUCUGUAUUCUGUUAUAAUCAGGGUUUCCUGUUUGCUGUAGAUGUGUUGUUUUUAUCUGUAAAACCUUGUCUUGUCCUGGACUUUUAGUUUGGUUCUCAUAUGAACGAUCAAUGCUGGUGUAGAGUAUUAAUGGAUUUGGGUCGUACCCAAGUUCUGGAGAAGGCUUCUGUGUCCAGAGGAAAUUGAUGUUUGAGAGAGAGUUCAGCUGCCGGUUAGUGAAGUUACUUAAGAGUGAAUAUUAUUGCAGUUUGCAUUUUGUGGGAAAGAUUUACAUUAGUUGACUUCAGUGGCAUAUGAAAAUAUUUUAUCAAGCCUAUCAGGGCAGUAUUUGUUUUCCAUUGCUUUGCUUAAAUAAAAGUGCCCUGGCUGUUGGGUUAUCUGCUGUCUAUGAUGUGCAUUUGGAAGAAAGAGUGUGGCCUCACUCUGAUGCUUCUGCUGCUUUUGGCAGCAUGAUUGUGGCAUGGCAGUAAAAUGGCAGGGUAGCUCAUUUCCUGGCAGUGUUGCAGCACAUUAAAAUUAGCAUAAAGAAGGGACGUGGAAGGAAUCUUUCUGAAGUUACCUUGCACAUGUGCAAAUAGAUUUGUGGUCCCACUAGUACUGUAAGCCUGAAUGCACACAUUUGCAUGAGUUGUACAUAAACGGAGAUGCACACACAAACACUCCCAAAAGCAACAAAUCUACACUUACAUCCAGAAAUUAUUUAUUUCACUACAUUUCCUUAAUAGUGACUCCUUUCUUACUGUCACUUUGCCUUGCUUUUAUACACCAUCAUCUAAGUCAAUACUUUAAUGGGACCCAGAAUCAAAGUACUUUUUUCAGUGACUUAUCAUAUGAUUAAAAAGAGAAGCUAUAGUAUAUUCUUGCUUUAAGUGGCAACAUGAUGAAGACGCUCAUAUCUGCAACAAUUUAUGUGCAACGAUCUUAACAGGAAUCUGUGUCUAAUUGAUCUUUUAAUAAAUCCUCUCUGAAAUGAUUGGCCAGCCCUUGUAACUGGCAAGCACAGAGUCAAAGGAUUUGAGUAGGAGUUUUUUUUCCCCCUCAUAUGGUCCAUGUGACUCCUCGUUCCAUUAGAGCUGUUCAGAGGAGAUGCCGUUUCUGUAGCUCGCACUGUGGGUGUGCAGUGCUGCUUAGUGCGCUGCCUUCUUUAAUCACUCUGUAUUCCAAUGAAAAAACGCACUAGAAGCCCUCCUAUAUACACCAAUAUAUGUUUUACCAAUUCCAACUGAUGUAUGGCUGCCGGAUGCAUCUGCACUUCUGUGCAAUGCAAAUUUAUGUUAUUGAGGUGUGGAUCUUCCAUAUGUUGGGCCACUGGCUAGCCUGUUUUGGUUGUUACAUGUUUGGUGUCUGUUAAAGAAAACUGAACAGAAUGGUUCAAAGUGGCGAUCUGCUACACUCUAGGUCUCGGUCACGGUCAAGAUCUCAUUCUCCAGUUCAUAACCGGGAGAAGAAAUAUCAGAGGGGAUACCAGAACAGUCGGGAGUUCCGGGGCUACCACCGCGGCUUCCGGAGGCCAUACAAUUUCAGGGGCCGAGGGCGGGGUUACUUCCCACGUGGACGCUACCAGCGUGGUGGUGGGGGCGGUGGCUACAACAACAAUAAUUUCCGCCCCAACUGGAAGAAUUACAAGCAGCAUCCUCAAAAACAGUAUCAAUACCAGCAACACCAGCAGCAGCAGCAGCAGCAGCAAAACCAUUCACAAGGACGAUCUCACAGCUUCCAGAAACGCUCAGGAAGCCCACCUCAUAAUCAGUCUCGUCACUCUGACCGAUCCUCCUCACCCUUAUCCAGACACUCACAGCAUUCUUCCUCUUCCUCACAAUCCCCCUCUCCAAAAUGCAGGCCAUCCUUGUUGCUUCCCAACCAAAACUCCAAAGAUGUGAAAGAGGAUCUCUCGGCCUCCAAGGAGGUCCAAAAGGGAGGAGUGGGAGAUGGGGAGCAAGCAGAGCUCGUUGGGGUAAUCGCAGGAGAUGUCAAGGAAGGUACAGGCAGUGGGAAAACUGAGGGGCCCUGGCAGGGCCUGGCAGACUGCAGCAGCAGUCCAAAGAGAGCCAGUCCUCUGGCAAGCUGUGAUGUUAUUGUUGGUCAGAAUAGCCAAACUGCUAACCAGUCUAGUCCCUCCACAAAAAACACAAAUGACAUCAGCAAUGGCGCCCCCUCCUGGCAGACGGUGCAUAGUUCCUCCUCUACAAAAAAACCCUCACAGGAAGAUCUAAAUCCAAUGCUUUCCAGCUUUGACUUCUUCUCCAGCGAAGAAUACCAGGAUGGAGAUAAAACAGCAAUCUCCAUUGCCUUCAGAAAGUUUUUGGAGGAGCAAAAUAAAAAAGCUAAAUCUUCUUGGGAAAAUGGCAAGAAUGCAGAAGAAAAUGAUGUGGAUAUGGAGCAAGGGAAAGUAAACGGCAAAGUAUCCACAGUAAUCUCUGACUCAGUGUCAAGAAGGCACAAAGAGGACACUGAUGGUGAAGUGUCUCUGAGCAGCUUUUUGAAAGCUUCUCCUUUUCUAUCUGGCGAUGCGGAGGAAGAGGAGGAGAUGAUAAUAAAGCCCCACUCAAAGUCUCUUCUCAAAGACCGGCACAAUGGGGAUGAGUCCUCUAAGCCAAAGAGCAAGGUCACUCACUCGGCUAGAGAAAUGUUUGAAGAGUGCUUUGGCAAAUGGCAGAAUGCGGCCUAUUCACAGGUAGCUAGCAAUGACCUUGACGCCUUUGCUGCUGCCUUUGCUAAAAGGGAGUUAGCAGGAAGUUUUGAGGAACUGUCCACAGAUAGGAGUUGUAAAGCCAGGAAUGUGGUAAAAUCUCCCACCGUCCCAUCUCCUACACCACCACCAAGGAGGAACUCCGAAAGAGAGAUGUUUAUGAUCAGGGGUGAGGACUCACCUCUCAAGUCCUCAAGAAAACAGGAAGCAAAAUUUAAUGUCAGAAUGGAUUUCCUUGGGGAUAGCCUGUUAAGCUCUUCUGAUAUUUUAGCUGAGGAGCGACAGUUUUCUCAGGAUCUUGUGCAGUCCUCAAAAAGGGAUCAGGAGUUUCGCUCCAUCUUUCAACAUGUUCAGGCUGCCCAGUUACAGAGGAGUCCCUCUGAGCUGUUUGCUCAACACAUUGUCGCCAUCGUUCAUCACAUUAAAGCUCAGCACUUUCCAUCUUCUGGAAUGACUCUAAACGAGCGAUUCACCCUGUACCAAAGACGAGCUGCAGAGAAGGAAAUGAUGAAGCCCAGAAAAAGCCCAGAGAUACACAGGAGAAUUGAUGUUUCACCAAGUGCUUUUAAGAAACACUCUCAACUUUUUGAGGCGAUGAAAAGCUCAGAGGAGGGCACUUACAAGGACGGCGGGGGAAAAAAGGGUGACCCAAUGGACCUUCGUUUGGAUAUUGAACGGCGUAAAAAAUAUUCCAGCCAUGAAAGAGAUUAUAAUCAGGAUCGGGGAAGAGAUAUGGGAGAUUCCCCAGAUUCUAGUAGAGAGAGAUCUGUGGAAAACUUCUCCAAAUGCCACAAGAGAUCUAAGAAAAGUAAGAAGAAGCGCUCUCGCUCCAGUUCAUCCUCGUCUUCCUCAUCCUCUAAUUCCCAAAAAGUAGAUGAUUUGCUCGAUGACAAAUCUGAUCUCAAAGAUGAAGGCUUUAACAGGGCCCGACUGGAUCAAAAGGAGUCACCUGGACCUGUUGAAAGAGGAAGGCCACGUGGAGGAUUUCAGGUACGAAUUCGUGGAAGGGGCUGGAACAGAGGAAAUUAUCAGGGAAACAGUUCACAUUGUCACCCUGCAAACAUGGCAAUACAACCAAAAAGUGAAGACUGGGACCCAGAAUAUACUCCAAAGAGCAGAAAAUACUACUUGCACGAUGACAGAGAGGGUGAGAUAGAGUGCAAGUGGAUGGACAACCGAGGGCGAGGACGGGGGAACUUCUCGCGUGGAAGGGCACGAUUCAUCAUACGCAAAGCGACCGCAGGUCCCAACAGCAAAUGCUCCAAAUGGGCUCACGAUAAGUUCCACGUCAACGGGGAACAAGGUGGCGCGCAGGAAGAGGAGACAGAACAGGACCAUAAAGAGGAAGAAAUCAAUGGAGAAAAUACUUGAGCAUCAAAGCAAAGUCAUCUAAGAAUCUUAACUGUCUUCUGCGUUUAAUCGGAUCUGACUCAGUGAUUUUAUCCGCAACAACGGAUUGACAAAUGCAGAUUAAAAUGUUUUCAGUCUCAGCUAUUGCUUGAAAAACCUCUAUGCUUUUAUUUCUCCCUGGACUGCUCACUUUUACUUUUACUUGACACGGUCAUUUCCUUCAUCAGGACACCACAUAUGACUAGUAGAAGCACUGUUAAAAGGGUGAAUUGCUGUUUUUCAGAAUUUGGAUUUGUUACACUUUUUUUUUUUUGCUUUAUAUGAUCACAUUUUCAUGCAGAGUUUUGGUAAUAUUUACACUUUUCUCGAAUAAAAUCAUGUUGAAGAUCAAAUCAGCUAGUGCCUUAUACUUAUGAAAAUUAAUUGUUUUCUGAGUAGUCUACCAGAUAAAUUGUUUUAUUGGUAGAUGCAUUUAAAACUAAUUUAAUUCCCCAACCAUGAGUUUUAAAAAUAGAGUCGCUUUGUUGUUUUCAGCUGUGUCCUGCCUGGAUUAUUAUUAACAGCAAUAAGUGCACUGUUGACAUAAAAACAUCACUGUUUAGCCAAUUCAGCACUCUACAAAUGACCCUGAUCUGACAACGGGACCAAACUGUAAAGGGUCAAAGGUUACGCUCAGCAGUCUUUCAUUGUACAACAGCCAACAGAUCUACAAUAUUAGCUGUUGUUUUAAUUACAUUUAAUAUGCUGUCAGAGAUUUCUAUCCUUCACAGUAGCUAUUUGCUUGAUCUUGGAUACCACUUAUCAAUGUAUAAUAUUGAUAGUGAUUAUAUGUUUUCCUCCUGAGACAUUCAUUGUAGUUUUUGUACCUGGGAAAGCAGGAUUUUGACUUUGUUCGUAAAGAGGACUUUCCUCUUAUCGCAACAGAUUUUGAUGUGAAUUUCAUUUGCUGUUCUUAAACUUCUCUCCAGCCAGUUAUGUUUAAUCUAUUAUGCACAUUGUGUGCAACUAUGACAUUGUGAUAAAAGAGGCUCAAAAUUAUCUGUUGAUUAGUAUGUAGUUUGUAAGAAACAUAAACACAGGGCAGUUUAUAUGUAGGUCAAGAAUUAAGUCUAGUCCUAGAAUAAUAAUGUUUUUUCAGUACAUAUCUUUUUAAGUCUAGGAUUAGGCUCACCUCUGUUUGGCAAACUGCCUGUAAUAUUGAAAUACAAACUUUUUUGUGCCUUGCUGUGGGUGCACUUAUCUCAUUUGUACAGUACAGGCCCACAGAUUGAGAUUCACAUAUAAUUGUUUACCUGCUUAGGGGAUAUUGCUUUUUUAAUAGAUGUUACUGUUUAUUUCUUAGAGACUGUAAAUUAAAGAGACACUGAUUACUUUGA